AUGCAGAUAAGGGACGCAGAGAGAGAAGCGCUCACGGGGCUGCCGUGGCAUCCAUUUGUGUCUGGCCUGGUCGACACGUUCCACGACCACCGGAAUUACUACCUGCUGAUGGAGCUCGCGCCUUGCCAAUCGUUCGACGCAUUCCUGACGAAGCAUGGCCCAUUGCGCAGCGAGGACGCCCGCUUCUACUUCGCCAACCUCACUCUCGCGCUUGAGUUCCUGCACACUCAUGGGGUCAUACACCGCGACCUCAAGCCGCAGAACAUCCUCAUGGGCGCGGACGGAUACCUCAUGAUCGGCGACUUCGGCGUGUCCGCGCAUAUAACGGAUGGGAACAACUGGAAGAACGUAGGGACGUACCCAUACACGGCGCCGGAGUUCUACGGUGAGACGUAUGACACGAGGGUAGUCCCUCCGAUCCUCCGUAUGGCGGGAGACUGGUGGGCGGCAGCGGUGAUCCUGUUUCAGAUGGUUACCUUGGAUUGGCCUUUCAAUGAGCCAUCCGAGGAGCUGUUAUACAAGAGGAUCAUGUGCUCGAAGCCCGGCGAAUUCUGGGAACGCGAUGAGUUCCAAGACCUCUACAUCGACCCCGAGCUAAAGGACCUCGUCAAUAUGAUGCUCAUGCGCGAUGUCGCGUCGCGGUACGGCACGAUCGCCGUGAAGGCGCCGGGGGACAAGCUGGCUCGGAACGACGAAGUCCGAAUACAUCCCUUCAUGCACGGGAAGGUCGACUGGAUUAGGAUGAAUCAUAGAUUGGUCAUUGUAAGCAGCAUGCCCCACGUCUCAACUCCAUGCAUAAACUGA